UGUUUUGUUUUUGAUCUAUGUGUUGUUUGUCAUUAUUUUGUACAAUUUCUUGUAUUUAAGUACUGCGGAUACCUGUUAUUGUAUGAUCUUUUAUCUUACUUUUACGUUAGUUUUAAUUUUUAUUGUAUAACUUGCUAAUUCUUCAACAAGAAGAAUAUUUUGUAAUAGUGCAACCUUUUUUUAGCCAUAACCAUCAAUCUUCUUUGCAAGAAAAUAAUCAAUCAAAAGAGAAUAUGAUGCAUUAACAUGUACAACAAAUAUAUCAAUAUUGUUAAAAAUUUAGAUAUAGAUUUUACCUUUUAGAUAUGACUUUGCAAAAAUUCAUUUAUUCGUGUGAAUUAUGGCUUAGAUUAGCCAUGUUUAUACUGGGACCACUUAGAGACGCACUGUUGAAUGUACUUCACAACAAUGGAGUACCUAACCAACCGAAAGAUUUGUACAACUUUUUAAAUUCAAAAAAAUCUCUAUUGGCACGGUUAAAGGGCAAAGGAGUAAUCACACAACCGCAAUGGAGACUACUAUUUCCAGGUGGUAAAAAUGAAACAGACUCUAAUCUCUUUGACAUAACACUGAUUAUGCUCCUUAUUGAAGCAUUGACAUCUAUCAAGCCAAAUGACGGGGAUUGGCGAAACAAUAAUCAACCGGUCAUGGACAUAUCUGUGGGAGCAUUUUGCAUUCGUGCAAAAAGUUUACGUAACUACCUUAAUCACUUUCCUAAUAUUGCAGACCUAAAGAAUCCAGAUUUUUCGACUAAAUGGAGUGAGCUUCUCAUUGUAAUUAAUGGACUUAAAUACAACACUCCGUUUAACGUCAAUGAUUUAAAAACAGUGAGUUUGGAUCUUCAAAAUAACUUAUUGCUUCGCGCACUUGUUUUAAGCAACCAAGUGAAGCUGAACCACCAUGAUGCAGAAAUAGAUCAAUUAAGAAAUAAAAACAUGUCAUAUCAAAAUCAGACUAAUUUAAACGUAACCAAUUUAGAAGAAAAGUUAGAACGCAUGCGAUGUAAAAUAUGGAGUAAUUCCUUUGAGAAUAAAAAUUUUCGAGAAGAUAUUGAGCAGACACAUAUAAGUAUAUUACAAAUGCAAGAUGAUAUUUCUUAUUUAAAAGAUUAUGUAAAAGAUUUGUCUACUCGCACAGAAGAUUUGGAACAUCAAAGUUUAUCUACUCGCAUGGAAGACUUAGAAAGUCAAAACUUGCAAAAUCGCACAGAAGCUUUGGAAGGUCAAGUAUGCGAAAUAAAAAGCCAGUACAAAGCACAAGAAGUUGAUUAUAACUAGCUCACCAGUGUUUCUGCUUUAAACAUUGUCACACAAAUGAUUGGAGCUGACUGGAAAAUAUUGGUGAAAAAUCUUAAAAUUGACAAAAAUUUUAGCGAAG